AUGCACAGGUUAGGUCAUUUACAAGGCAUCUGGAUUGUCUGGUAUGUCCCAUCUCAAACACCAAGAAACUUUGACUGGGACACCAACAAGGAUAUAUGUAAUGAUAUAGUUGAUCUGACCAUAGGCAUUGUGGAAGUCUGUGGCCCAUAG